UAUGAAGUUUAUAGUCUUAGUAUGUCUUGCUUUGUUAGUCACAGCAAAUGACUAUGAAUUACUUUCUGAAUUAUCCCAAUAUGAAUUUGGUAAAACAAUCAUAGCAACAAUGCAAAUAUCCCUUUCAAGUGAAGAGUAAAUUCCAUGUAAUAAUAAUUGCUUAGCUCAAAUAUCGAUGGAAUAGUUCAUCAAUUGAAAUCCAUGUAAACUAAUGCAUAAAGUGACUUAGAAGAAAAUACUUAGAAUUUGAGACAUUAAUAAGAACUCUGCAAUCUUCGUUUUGAUGAAAUUUAAGGUGUUAUUGAUUCAGCUUCAGCCAAAAAGGCAUCAGAUGAAUAAUUAUUCCCACUUAGAUAAGAAGAAUUGAUUGCUAAAAAUUAAUAACUUAAAGAUAAAGUAGGAUAAGAUUAAAGAAUUUAAGAUAGGUUAUCUAGUUUAGAAAAGUCAAGAGAAGAAGAAAAAGUAAAUAUUUUUAAAUAAAUCUCUAUAGAAAGCCUUUGAAGCUAAAUAAACAGAAUCUGUUGAAUUUAUUUAAGGAUUAAAAAAAGCUAAAUCAAUUGUUUCAUAACUUAAUAGUUCAUUUAUAUAAGUUGCUGAUGUUAAGGCUAAAUUACAUAAACAUUUAGAAUCCUUACACAAUAAAUAAACACCUUAUAAUGGACUUGUCAAGAUGUUAGUAGCAGCAUCAGGAGAUGAAAAUGUUUCUAAAGUUGUUUAAAUUAUUGAUGAAUUAAUUGAAGUAAAUAAUAUAAUCAUUAUUUAAAGUCUUUGGAACAUUUAUAAAAAGUUGGACAUUAAGGAGAAAAAGCUAAAUAAGAACUUUAUCUAUUAUAAAAAGCAAGAUAUGAAUUAGAAAGUAAGACACUUGAAACAAGUUUGGCUGAUUUAUCUGCAAAUGCUGAAAAUUUGAGAUAAAAUUUAUUAGAAUUAAAAAAUGAUAUUGAAUCUAAAGGAUAAUUAUUAGAUGUAAAAACUUAAGAAAUGGCAGAUUGGUAAAAGACUUGUGCUGAUGAAUUGAAAGCUCAUCAAAAUGUAAGAUAAUCAAAGUAUAUCAUUUAUUUUUUAUUAUUAGAAAUACUGAACUUGGAAUCAUCAAUGAAUGUAUUGAAAUUUUCACAAGCAGAUUCAAUGAUGGAAUUAAGAGCUAUAUUCAAAAACUAGAAAUAUGAUU